UUUAGAGGUCGGAUUUACACAAACGUCUGAACACAUAUCUGCUAGAAGGUCAUGAUGAAGCGAUGAUAAUUAGAAAACAUGUCAAGUCGUGAAAUGGAGAACGUUUCGAAGUCCUCCAAACUGGACUUUAAAGAUUUAGUGGUGUCCACUAAAUCUAAGGUGCUACUGAAGAAUGUGUCUGGAUCAGCAUCUAGUGGUGACCUGCUGGCCGUUAUGGGGCCUACAGGCGCUGGAAAAACAACUUUUCUCAAUGUACUAGCGGGAAGAGUAUCACAUGACUCCGGGACAAUCACUCUGAACGGGUCACCUUUAAACAAAACACAUCGACGUCGCCUUGGUUACGUGUUGCAGAAUGACAUUUUCCUUUCCAACCUGACGUUGUGGGAAACACUUUACUUUACAGCGAUGAUACGUAUACCAGACAAAGUACCAAAACAAGAAAAGACGGAGAAAAUAUAUACAAUCGUCAAUUCAUUGGGUCUAAAAAAGUGCCUUCAUACACCUAUUGGUGAUAUUUUCAGUCGUGGUUUAUCCGGAGGUGAGAAGAAGAGAGCAAACAUUGCCUGUGAGCUGCUAACAGACCCAGAUUUACUCCUAAUAGACGAGCCGACUUCCGGUUUAGACUCUAGUACUGCACACACGCUGAUGGUUCAGCUGAAGAACUACGCGACCGAAUACAACAAGACGAUAGUUGCCACCAUACACCAGCCCUCCAGUCAAGUGUUCAACAUGUUCUCUACCUUACUGCUGCUCGUGGACGGAGAGGUGGCAUACUUUGGUUUAGCCAAUAUGGUUAUAGAGCAUUUCGCUAGCCUUGGAAUGACAUGUAGUCAACAUUAUAAUCCUGCCGACUUUCUCUUGGAGAUAUUGACGCCGGACUUAAACACAAGAGAUAACGAAGGAGACAUUAAAAAGACCCACAGUCUACAGGUGCCGAUCGGCCAGCUGAAUGGGGGUUUUGUUACAGAAUCUGACAAAGAAGAAGGCAAAGGGCCAGCAGAUGUGCCUCUUACGCUUGUUAGGUCAUGCUCUGAUGUCAAGAUAGUAAAUGAUAGCUAUAUUGUGGAAGGAGAGACCACUCGCCGAUGGCCUACAUCCCUCUGGACACAAUUUAAAAUGCUAAACUGGAGAUCGUAUAAGCAAUCCAAGGGAAGAAUUCUUCACACAUUUGACAUAAUUCAAGCUGCUUUCAUUGCUGCCUUUUCCGGGAUAUUGUUCUUCCAAACAGAAAAUUCAGUCAACACCGUCCGAGAUAGAAGUGGUUUGGUAAUGACCUCCUUGAUCUACUGGUCUUUCCAAAUGUUGAUCACUACUCUUUUGGGAUUUACUGGUGAGCGGGGGGUUGUCAGCAAGGACCGGUCUGCCGGGGCGUACCGACUGUCAGCCUAUUACCUCUCCAAGAUUACCAGUGAGAUGCCCCUUCUACUGUCCGUCCCCGUCCUGUACAACACUGCCGUGUACUGGUUGGCUGGUCUGGGAGGUGUGGACGGCUACUUUGUAUACCUCGGUAUUGGUAUCCUUCAUUGUCUCAUGAUACAGAGUUUGGCUCACAACAUCGCAGUUCUGGUUAAAGACGUCAGACUGAGCAUGAUGGUUGGAAAUGUAAUCAUACUAGCGGGACUCAUGUUAGGAGGAUUUCUCAAUAUCAAUCCGCCUGAUUGGCUACUGUGGGUGAAGUACGUCACACUUGUCCACUACCCCUACUCUGCAACUAUGACAUAUAUACUGAAGGAUUUGCCUGACGUUUGGUGUAACCAAACAAGUACAGAUAUCAGCCCCCAGUGUCUAGGCAAUGUGACUCAGGUACUGACGUCACGUGACAUACUUAUAGGGAUUGGCGUUGAUCUUCCUAUUUAUUGUUACAUCAUGACGAUUGUGUUCGCCAUCUUGAUUUUUUAUGUACUUGGUUAUUACUCGUUGAAAUGGAAACGAGUAUGACGUCGAAUAAUGUUUUUUCAGUUUUCGAUAUUCUCUGUAAUUGAAAUUGAUAUUCUCAUGGAUAAAACGUCUAUCUAUACUUCAAAAAAGGGUUGUUCAGUUACUGCACUGUAACUAUUAGCAAAUUAAAACAACAUUGUAACUUAUGCGCCAGAAAUUUCCAAUUCUGAUUAAAAUAAAAAUAUGAAUACAUCUGUGUUAUAAUGUCAGUUGUUCAUUGGUCAGGUAUUAUAUACACGAGUUAUAAUAUCAUGUACGUAGACUACAAUUAACUACACUUACUAUAACAAAUUUCCAGACGUUUUGAAUAGACGCAAUGCUGAUGUACAGUCCGAUGUAAACGAAGGAAAUGCUUGUUUGUGACACUCUAUGUUGCGAUGUAAAUAUUACGUUCAGCGCUUUUGAAAUCAA